ACCUUUGAAGUGAAGAAGAUUUUAGGCGCGAACUUUGUAAACAGCGGAACCUUUGAUAGCUAGAGAUGUUUCGUUUCGUAUUGGACCUCGGUUCCGACCCCCGCCAUGACUGAUCCGAGCGGGUAUUCGCCGAGCUUCAAGCGCCCGGCGGAAAUCCUCCGCUUGAGGCGGAGCAGAGCCCGGAGCGUCGGCGGACUCCUCUUCCCGUCCAGCGGGCCGGACUCCCCCGAGAACCCCGGACAGAGCCGCUCCUCUCCCGGUGAGCUGCGGCCGUUCUCCCCGGGCCCGCGGCUGCUCGGUCGGAACAGUCCCGCCCGGAAACGCAGGAACCCUUUCGCGAGCCUGGAAAACGCGCACAGCCCGAAUAAGAAGCAGCUGGUUCUGAAGGACGACGGAGAACCUUUCUUCUUGGUGAAGAACCCGGACCGGACUGGAGAGAACGCGUCCGGGGAUUCGAGCUCGGAGGAUCGAGAAGUAUUCUCGUCCAGGAGAGACUCUAGUGGGUCAGAACCGGACCGGACCCCAGACGGUCAGGAGCGACUCCUUCUCCAGGACCUCCUGAACGUGGAGGAGGAAGCUGCUGAAAGGCCUCUGCUCAAGAGCCCCCAGGCCAUAGCUCCUGCCUCCAUUGCUCCUCCCACCUGCAGGGAGUACCCAGCAGACUGGAGCCUGAAGACCCGCCUCCUCUUCACCUCGCCGCUGUCGCUGUCAUGGACGGAGCAGCCGAAAGCUCAGGAGGAGGCGGUGGGGCUCAGCAACAGCUGCAGAGCUCAGUUCAGCGUCCUCCCUCAAAGUCUGCAGGACCCCCAGUCCAGCUCAGAGACCCGCUGCGCCUUCCAGCAGAACCUGGUGUACUGGCAGCACCCGUCCCUGCCGUGGCUCUCCCUGUUCCCCAGGAUCAACGCGGAGAGGAGCUUUUCCGGGAAGGGCGCCCCCUGGGCUCACGAUGCAGCGCUGCAGCAGAGCCUGAUGAGGGAAUGGUCAGCCAGCCUGUCGUCUUUGUACAGCCUCCUCAAGUCCAGACGCUGUCCUUACUUCUACGUCUGCUCCUAUCAGUUUACAGUGCUGUUCCGAGCUGCUGGUCUUGCCGGCUCUGACAGCAUCACUGCGGUCGUUUCUCCUACAACUCUGGGUCUGAGGGAAGCUAUGAAGGCUGAAGGUAUUGAGUUCAGUCUUCCUUUAGUAAAUGUGAGGAAGAAGCACUCGGACCUGCAGGACGGACAAAACAAGGAACCAAACGAGGCGUGUUGGAAGAAGCUGGAGGCUGAAGGAGGAGGAAGAGAUGAUGAAGAUGACAGCUUCCAGUGGCUGAAAGACAUGGGUGUCCAGGAUAAGAUCAAGAAGCCAGAUGGGAUUACCAUAAAGCUUCAGAAGGACGCUCACAGUUUGUCCGUGGACCACCGUCCAGAGUCGGUGGUGUGUGUGGAGGGCUCGCACACCUUCACGCUCAUCAACUUCCUCAUCAACUGUAAGAGCGUGGUGGCUUCAACCGGCUCACAGGCCGGCUUACCCCCGACGCUACUGGCCCCCACCGUGUUCAGAGGGGCCACCCUGCACACGCUGAAGAGCCGCAGUGUGAAUGUCAAGAACCAGGUCAAGUCUGGGUUUCAGAACCUCAGCAGCCUUGAAAUCGCAGGACCGGUUCUGCCGUCCUCCCUCCACGCCAUCAUCGGCCUGCUCCGUUCUACACAGAAGGGGAACUUCUCCGCCUCUCUGUACACGCACGCGCCGACUGCAGUGAUGAACGUAAACGCCUUUGAACGUAAGGACACCCCUGUGGAUCUGUCCGACAUCGGCCUGCCCCCCACCUCGGUGGAGCAGCUGAAACAGCCCCCCGGCUUAGGCCCGUCUGGCCUCACUCACAUCUCCAUGAACGACUACAGUUACAGCUGGAGGAGCUGACAGAAGACCACAUUCUUUGGAUCUUUGAGGACUGAAUGAGACUUUCAGAGACUUCUUCUGUGUUUAUAAACUUUUACAAACGGAGUGGUUUCAAUAAACUCUUUUUGUUUUACGCUU